UGCUCGCCCGUGUUUCGUUUGGCGAUCCAAGCUCGCAAUUCUUUCUAGACUAAGCAAUGCGCGGAAGCUUACUUUCGAGGGUCACGUUUCAAGUGACGAUCCAUCACAGGCGGGCCGGCUUCUAGUUUAGGCUCUUGAACCAAGUUCGUCUCACGGUCUGGUCAUUUGUACGCAAGGACAAGGUGAAACACUCAAUAGGACAUGCCUAAUAUAUGUGCUGCAUCGGUCAUCGACCGCGGCUUUAAAUCAAUUGCCUCAGUUUGCGCUGAACAUUUCAAAAUGGAAUUUGAAGUCGCUCACCAAGCAUCCUGCGAUUGACCAUUCUAUCCCACCCUUUUCAAAAUGUUCAACUUCAAGAACAAAGGAAAAGCAGUGCUCAAAAAUCGAAACGACGACGAAGAAGAGCAAAAGAGACUCACAGAAGCGAGUGAUCACGAAGCCAAUGAUGAAAUACACGAGACGACUCAGGAAUACUUGUUCAGGCGAUCGCUUGAGCGCAAGAUUAGAAACCUAAAGAUAGCCGUAGGUUUAUUGAGUGUUUGCAUAUUCGGGCUUCUUCUUUUGCAAGGGCCAUAUGCGUACCAAAAGAGUCGAAGCCGGUUGAUCCCAUCGCCAGUUCCUCCACUCACCACGACCCGCGUCGUCUUUGAAAAGGAUGAGCUCUACGCUCGUAGACCAGACCCAGAAUCGGACGCAGCGUGGGACGCCCUGCUUCCUCCAGGCAGAGGCUUCGUCUUUAUACCAAACCCGCACGAGUACGGCCUCCCACCGGGCGAAGCCACACCUUAUGGAGAUAUAUACUCCAUCGCUGUAUUCCACCAACUGCAUUGCCUAGGACAGCUUCGACGUUUCACCUGGCUGUUCCUGGACUCUAUCGCCGAAAACGGGACACACGGCGAGCUAACGCGACAGGCGAUUAUGCAAAUGUUUAAUGAAGGAGAUCAUGCAGAGCAUCUCCACCAUUGCUUUGAUUACCUUCGACAAACAAUCAUGUGCGGUGGUGAUAUGAGCGUGGAGUGGCCAAGGGAUGAGCCUGACGGGAGGCGGUUUGCUGUCGACGGGUGGGGCAUUCCUCACGAGUGCAAGAAUUGGGAUACGAUCAUGGAGUACAUGGAUCAAAAUCACUUCAAUAUGUCCACAAAUACAGAAAUUGCACCAUUAGGAGGUAACGUUGGAUGAUGAGGAUGACGAUGUGGACGAGGACCGAAAAGCUUGACAACGUUUCCAAGCAAAA